UUGUAGUUUGUUAGAAGACACUUUUGUUUCAGGGGAAAAAAAACUGAAAGGAACAAACUUGUUUCAGGCGAAAAGGAAAACGAAGAGGCUUUGUAUUUAUUUCUUUAUUGUUAGUUAGGCCCCCCGAUGGACACCGGACCAACCGGCGGUGGCCUAGGUGGUGACGAUCUAUCCCAAUCGUCUCCUGCAACCGCUAUAUCGCGGUGGAGCUUCGAGGUGUCGCGGCGGUACCAGCACGUUCUGGACAAGACUGUCCCGCACAUUCUGUACCGUUGGAUAGCAUGUCUGGUGCUGGUGCUGAUCUACGCCGUACGCGUCUACUUUGUGCAGGGUUUCUACAUCAUCACCUACGGCCUCGGCAUCUACUUGCUGAAUCUCCUGAUGGGGUUCCUUUCUCCUCAAGUGGACCCCGAGAUGCAGGAUGGCCCCUCGCUCCCCACCCGCGGAUCCGAUGAGUUUCGCCCUUUCGUUCGCCGACUCCCCGAGUUCAAAUUCUGGUACUCUAUUACAAAGGCCUUCUGCAUUGCUUUUGUGAUGACGUUCUUCAGUGUGUUUGAUGUGCCUGUCUUUUGGCCUAUACUCCUUUUCUACUGGCUAAUGUUAUUCAUUCUAACCAUGAAGAGACAGAUAUUGCACAUGAUCAAAUACAAAUAUGUUCCUUUCUCUUUUGGUAAACAGCGAUAUGAUGGCAAGAAGGCGCCUUCAACAGAAAGUGUGGACCUUCUUCCUAGGGAUUAAAAUUAAAUUCGUGAGCUGAAUUCCCACAGGAUUUGCUGGUAGUACAAGUUGUCCAAAAGGAUCAUCAAUCCACAUUACAUAUUUGUUAAAUUUCUCCAGAUUUUGACUGGGUUAGCUUUCAGAUGUAUUGGAGAAGUUUAGCUUAGAGAAACCAAAAUUAUUAUGGAAGGGACAUGCAACAUUUGUUGUCGCCUGUACCCUUCAUCCAAUGACAUGCAUUUUACAGAAGAUGAAACCAAUCAAGCAGUGUAGUUGGAUUAUAUCAAAUUUGCUUUUAAAUUAUACUUUUGAAGUUGAAA